AUGUAUACAAGAUUUGCGUGUAGUCAAAGCGUGCAAAAACCGUACCAAGAACUGAAUGGUGCCAGGGAAAUUGCGACGCAAAUGGUUCCCCUGGGGCACCAGGUCCAACCCCAGGUGUAUUUAAAAGGCCUUGUUUCAGUAACCAGUUCUCUACUGAAGUUGACACAAAUUUCCCGUGGUACUCGUGGGACUAAAAUGAAGACAACAAAGUUCACUGAAAAAAAUGGAGACAUCAUUGAUAACAGGGAUCACGCUCAACAAGAAGCACUAGACCCAAAUGCUGAAAUGAAGCGAAUAAAUAACUGGGAACAAUUAAGCCAGCUUAUGAUGGGCUAUUGGACUUAG